UUCUGUCCCGGAGGUCCAACGAGCCUCACUACGCAGGCCCUGUGCGUCGCACGCGCUGCUGCUGUCGCCACUCGCCGCGGCCUGUGGAAGCUCCGAUCUCCGCUUCGGCCGCCGCCUCAGACCCGGCCCCGCCAUGUACCCGGCCUGGGGCCUGUACGGGGCGGCGGGGCACUACCCGCCGCCCCCCACCUCGAUACCGCCCCCGCCGCUGCCCGUCCCCCCGCCCGUGAUGCCCCCCUCCGUCCCGCCGCCGAACUACCCGCCCCCGGGCCCCGGUGUGGCCCCCGCGCCCGGCGCCUCGGGCUUCCUGAGCCUGCAGGAGCAGCACCUGGCCCAGCUGCAGCAGCUGCAGCAAAUGCACCAGAAGCAGAUGCAGUCGGUGCUUCUGGGGGGUCCCCCGCCCGGGCCGCCGCCCCCGGGCCUGCCCCCUCCGCCUCUCCCCGGCUCCUUCACCGACUGGCCGCCGCCGCCAGUGCCGCCCCCCGUCCGCAGCUACCAGAAGCAGUUCAAGCACCGCGAGCCUCCCCCGCCGCCCCCACCCCGGGACCCCCAGGUCUGCAAGCCCCCCCUUCCCCGAGAGCAUGAGACCCUCCAGCCGUCUCAGCCCCACAGUGACUGGGAGCACCUGCCUUCUUCCCCAGUGCCCAUGGACAUGGAGCUGUCCUCUCCACCACAGUCGCCCCCACUGCCUGAGCAGGCCUAUCCACCCCCUUCGCAGGCCUAUAUCCCCCCAGCCCAGUCUGAACCCUAUAUUCCCCCAGCCCAGCCACCCCCUUCCCAGUCCCCUCCGCCCCAAUCUUAUUUGUCCCAUUCUCAGCUCUCCCAGCCACCACCACCGUCCUAUUUAGAGCCCCCUCCACCAAUUGCCCCUCAAUCCUAUUUACCCUCCUCCCAAUCCUAUCAAACACAUUCUCAAUCUUACUUGUCCCCUUCCCAAUCAUCCCUUUCCCAACCAGCACAGUCUAUUUUGACACCAUCCCUUUCUCAGUCUAAAUCUCACUUUACUACAGCCCAGUCAUCCUUGCCCCCUUCCACUCCUGCUCAGCAAGAGGCAGUGCAGAAUGCUGCUAAGGACAUCAGUGACAGUUCUGACCAGCACAGCACCGCACAGCCAGACCCCUCCACUAUGACCCCCCAGGAACAGCAACAGUAUUGGUACCAGCAACACUUGCUAAGUCUGCAGCAGAGGGCAAAAGCACAUGCACAGGGACAGCAGCAACCGAAGGGUCCAGGAAUAGUGAAGGAUGCACCUGAGCAGAGAAUACAGCAAGAAGAAGGGAAAGUGAUGGCUCCUAAUCAGCAGUCUGACCCGCCUUCACUUAACGAGCCCCUCAUACCAUCUUCCAAAAAAGAGGAGCCUCCUGUCUCAUCUACUGAACCUAAGCUGAAUAUUGAACCUCCUGAGGACUCUGAGGAAGAUUUGAGGUUGCAGCAGUUGCAGGUGGCAGCAGCUCAGUGGCAGCAGCAUCCACACCAUCGAGUUGGCUUUCAGUAUCAGAGAAUAAUGCAGAAGCAUGCCCAACUGCAACAGAUCCUACAGAAGUACCAGCAGAUUAUACAACAAGCACCACCCCCACAGACAAUGUCAGUGGAUAUGCAGCUGCAGCAUUAUGAGACACAGCAGAAACAAUUUCAACAACUUCACAAAGAGUGGGAGCGUGAAUUCCAAGGAUGGCAGGAUCAACUUCAGACCUAUCCACACAAAGAUCAGCUUCAGGAGUAUGAGAAACAGUGGAAAACAUGGCAGGGACAGAUGAAAGCUACUCAGUCCCAUCUGCAGGAAAAAGUGAACUCACUUCAAAACAUGAAGAAUCAAUACACUGGGAAUGUUGCAUUGCCACCUCCUUUUGCUCCAUGCUCUCAAACCUCUCAAGGAGGCAUGCCUGUUAUGCCUCCAUCUUUGCCUUCAUCCACCCCUCCGCAGGUUCCCCCACCUCUGUCUUCUGACCCUCAGUUGUCUAACUCAUCUGAACCCCCAAUGUCCAGUCUUCAAGUUUUCCAGUCCGCUAAGACAACCAGGCCAGCUCUUCUUCCUAUUCCUGAUUCUUUUGUAUUUAAACUACCUGGCUCAUCUGCAACUUUACCUUGCCAUUCUGAAAUAACUACAUCUGCUGACUCUUCAGACCAAGGAAACUCUCAGGUUCAUCUGGGUAAGCAAGCUGUACCAUUUGUUUCUGUCUCAUCUGAACCAGCAUCUGGAGAACUGAAAACCUCAACUCCAGUAUCUUCAACCUAUGUACCCCCUACCUCCAACGUUCAAGAUAAACCAGUGAGAUCAGGUGGAUUGCUUCCAGACCCACCCAGAGGCACAUACUUCGAAGGACCAAGAGGUCCUAGGUUUGAUGGACUUCGGGGAAGAGGCUUUGACAGAUUUGAAGGGCCAAGACAGAGAGGACCUCGUUUUGAAGGCCAGCACUUGGAAGGGCCGAGGCCAAGAUUUGAAGGUCAGAAUUCAGAUGGACGGUCUUCAAGCAAAUGGGGGACUAUCCCCCGGGGGCCAGCAGCACAGUUUUAUACUUCCCAAAGUACAUCACAGAUGCACAGUUCCCGACCAAGCGGGUCACAGUGGAGGGGGCCCAAACCUCCUUUUGGACAACAGCAGUCUCAAGCAGAGUCCCGAACAGAAAACAGAGAUGCUUUUGCUGAUGCAGCUGUCAACCAGGAGUUGGCAAAUAGAACUCAGUCUAUGCCAAUUGCCUUUGAUACAGAUGCAAAAAAUUCUGGUCCAGUUCAGCCAGCUGAGGACCUGACAAAAGCUCAACAGGAGCCACCCAAAGCUGAAGUCAAAAAAUUAAUUUCUGGGCCUAAAAAGUGGACUUGGAGUUCUCAGGAUCCUGCGCAGCAAUUAGAAGAGACAAAACCAACUACUCAACCUCCACCCAUUCAGAAUCAAAAACCAACACCACUUCUCAGUACACCUGUAACUGUGCAGUCUACUAUUCCUCCGAGAACAGGAGGAACAGCAGCCGUACCUCCAUCCCCUGUAACAGGAAAUAAAGACUUGAAAUCUACAGAUAGUAAAUUGCCCCUUUCAGAAAAUAGCCAGGGUAAAGGACUACCUGGAUCAGAAAAUAACCAGGGUAAAGGUCUGGUUCAGCCAGAAGAUAAUAGAGGCAAUGGACUAGUAAGCAGAGGCAGGGGUCAGGGCAGGCUGGAAGACUGCCGAGGCAGGGGGCUAACAAACAGAGGCAGAGGAUUGCCCAGACAGGCAGCCACCCGAGGCCGGGGGAUGAUCCAGAGAGUGAGCAGCCGGGAGGAGCAGCUGGAUAGGCGGUCAGGUAGCAGGGAGAAGUUGCCAGAUGCGCAGUCAGGCAGCUGGGAGAUGGGGCCAGUUGGGCGGUCAGGCAGCCGGGAGCGGGUGUUGUCCAGCCGAGACAAGGAACCAGCUGGCCGGGCAGACAGCAGGGAUAGGGGGCAGUCAGGAAGCUGGGAGAGGGGCCCCGUCAUGCGGGCUGGAAGCCGGGAGAGGGGUCCUGUCAUACGGGCUGAAAGCUGGGAGAGGGGUCCUGGCAGGCGGGCAGGAAGUCGGGAGAGGGGUUCUGUCAGGCGAUCAGGUAGCCGGGAGAGGGAAAUGGGCAGGCCUGAAACAUGCAAUAUUGAUAAACCAAUCCGCCUCGGAGACAACUCUGAGAAAUUAUCUCUUUAUCAUCGAGAGGAACCAACCAGGGCUCCCUGGAGUCAUGAAGAGGAGAGAAUGCAAGAGGAACCUUCAUUAGAUAGACGAGAUGCCCGUCCUUUAGAGCGCGAACAAUUGGAUGAUUGGGAAAGAGAUCGAUACUGGAGAGAGCAUGACACAGAUAUUCAGGAUGAUCACGUGGAUCCCUAUGAUAGAGAUGACAGGUUACCACUCCGUCUUUCAUUGCCUCCACUAUCACCUCUUCCUCCUCUCCCUCCUUUGUCUUCUGAUCUUGACAGAAGAGACACUUGGUGGGAUGAUUGGGAAAGGCCAAGGGAGAGGGAGCUGGAUAGAGAUCUGGACAGGAUUGGAAGACCCUUGGAUGUUUAUGAUCGAGAAUUAGAUAGAGAAUGGGACAGAGAUUACUUGAGACCUCUGGAUGACAGAGAUACACCGGGUCAUGACCUGGACAUUCCUCCUCUUCCACCUUUGCCACCACUUCCACCUCUGGACAGGUAUCAUGAGGACCGGUGGAGGGAGGAAAGAGACAGGGAUCUCUAUGACAGAGACCUCCGAGACAGGGGAGAGUUGAGGAUUCGAGAGUAUCCAGAGAGGCGUGAUACAUCAAGGGAGAAGCGAGAUUACAUUCCUGAAAGGACUGACUGGGAGAGGGAACGGUUGUCAGAUAGAUGGUAUCCUGAUGAAGCAGACAGACUACGACCUUUGGGGGAUCAGCUUGAUCCACCCCUUCCACCACCACGUUCAUCUGACAUGCUGGGAGCAGAGCCAAAUCUGGACCCUGAACAGUCACUUGGAGGGGUAAUGGUCCUUAGUCAAAGGCAGCAUGAAAUAAUCCUGAAGGCUGCCCAGGAGCUGAAAAUGCUUCGGGAACAAAAAGAACAGCUGGAGAAGCUGAAAGAGUUUGUGCCUGAUCCCCACCUGCCCCAACUGCAAAGCAAACUGAGUAAUACGUCAGCAGCGCCCCAUCAGUUCCCCACUCCCAGUUUCUCCCAACCACCAGCACCUAUCAAACCUUCUCCUGCUGUUAUUAUAAAGCCACCAGUGCUGUUCAGGCAACCCACCCCAGUGACGAGACCAGGUGCCCCGGUGACAAGGCCAGGUGCUCCAAUUCCGGCUUCAGCUACAACCUCAAGUCAGGCUCCUACAAUAAAGCCAACAUCUGGUGCUGUGAAACAGGAACGUUGGGAUGAGGAUUCUUUUCAUGGACUCUGGGAUACCAGUGAAGAUAAAGGAGCAAAUUUGGAGUAUGCAUUAUGUAAACCAGAAUCAGUGCUGCCACCCACAGUAUCAUCUUCUGGGAAAAUACCUCCUCCAGGUCAUACUCCCAUUCCAUCAUCUGUACCAUCAUCAAUUCCUAAACCACCUCUAAUUCAACAGACUGUGGACUAUGGCCAUGGGCGGGAUAUAACCACCAGUAAAGUUGAACAAAUUCCCUAUGGGGAGAGAAUAACUCUGCGUCCAGAACCUCUGCCCGAGAGACAACCAUUUCCAAAAGAACAUCCAGGCCAGCGGGAUCGUUACAACAGAGAGAGGGAUCGUGAGUCUUACUUUGAGCGUCAAGGCAAUGCAAACACAGAUUACCGAGAUUUUAAAAGGGAACGGGAACUGCACAGAGACCGCGGCUCAGGAGACUAUGAUCGAGAGAGGUUUGAGAAAGAACGCCAUCUUCGAGAGGACAGGGCACCUCCAACUGGACCGUCAAGGACUCAGUCUUACCGUGACAAGAAAGACCAUCCCUCCUCAAGGCGAGGGGGCUUUGAAAGACCAUCAUACGAACGAAAGCCUGAUCGCCCAACCUAUGAUCAUGGACCUUCCAUGUUUGGAGGUGAUCGGAGAAAUUACCCUGAGGAGAGGAUGCCUAUUUCUGCUCCAUCAGUACCCCGCCAGCCACCCCCUGCUCCCCGGGUAGAAAGGAAACCAGAGUCUAAGAAUGUGGAUGAUAUUUUGAAGCCACCAGGACGGGACAGCAGACCAGAAAGGAUUGUCAUCAUAAUGAGAGGAUUGCCUGGCAGUGGAAAGACACAUGUAGCAAAACUCAUCCGGGACAAAGAGGUGGAGUGUGGAGGACCGGCACCCAGAGUUCUCAGCCUGGAUGACUAUUUCAUCACCGAAGUGGAGAAAGAGGAGAGAGACCCAGAUACAGGAAAAAAAGUGAAAAAGAAGGUGAUGGAGUAUGAGUAUGAAGCUGAUAUGGAAGAGACCUACCGCACCAGUAUGUUUAAAACUUUCAAAAAGACCUUGGAUGAUGGCUUCUUCCCUUUCAUUAUCCUGGAUGCCAUCAAUGACAGGGUGCGCCAUUUUGAGCAGUUCUGGAGUGCAGCGAAAACCAAGGGCUUUGAGGUGUAUUUAGCUGAAAUGAGUGCAGAUAACCAGACUUGUUCCAAGAGGAAUAUCCAUGGACGCAAGCUAAAGGAGAUCAAUAGGAUGUCUGAUCACUGGGAGACUGCACCACGUCACAUGAUGCGCUUGGACAUUCGUUCUUUGUUGCAGGAUGCUGCUAUUGAAGAGGUGGAGAUGGAGGAUUUUGAUGCUAAUAUUGAAGAUCAGAAAGAAGAAUCCAAGAAAGAUACAGCAGAGGAAGAAGAAAGCGAACUGGGUUACAUUCCGAAAAGCAAAUGGGAGAUGGACACUUCUGAGGCAAAGCUAGACAAGCUGGAUGGCUUGCGGACAGGCACAAAGAGGAAACGUGAUUGGGAAGCAAUUGCCAGCAGGAUGGAGGAUUAUCUUCAGCUUCCAGAUGACUACGAUACACGUGCUUCUGAACCUGGCAAGAAGAGGGUGAGGUGGGCAGACCUAGAAGAAAAGAAGGAUGCAGACAGGAAGAGGGCCAUUGGUUUUGUGGUUGGACAAACGGAUUGGGAGAAGAUCACAGAUGAAAGUGGUCAUCUUGCUGAGAGAGCCCUCAACCGCACCAAAUAUAUCUGAGACAAUUAUUAUAUGGAAUUUUUGUAUCUUUAAGGCCAUUUACUUUGAGGAGAACCCAGUGUGGCAUGAGCAUCCUGCAUGGAUCAUGUCACUACCAUCUUCACAGAUUAUUUUUGUUUCUUGUGUUGUUUUAGUUUCUGAAAGUUCCUUGAAAUAUUGGCAGGUGAUAACCAGUGUCCCCAAAAGACAUACAAUUCCGCUGCACCUAAGCGAGAGUUUUCAUUUUAAUAUUUUUUGGAGGGGAGGGAGGGUCAGUAGUUUUAGCUGCUAUGCGUGGGGUAAGGUGGAAAAAUUAGGCAGAGAAUGUUUCCUCCACUGUACCGUAACAAUGUCUGUAUCACCUUUGCUUUGUGGCCAUUCUCGUUUUAUACUGUACGUACCUUGUAGCUUAUUGUACUAGGAAGCAGAACAAUAAACUUUCACUAUAAACCCA